UUUACUGAAAAUUUCAGAGAGAAGCCAUGGCCGUAUUCCACGAUGAAGUAGAAAUAGAGGACUUUGAAUACGACGAGGAGUCUGAGACAUAUUUUUAUCCUUGCCCUUGUGGCGAUCAGUUUCAGAUCACAAAGGUAAAGUGUCUUCCAUAAGCUUGAGUUUAAGGCUAAUUACUUUUUCUUAAUAAAUUAAAGGUCUUAAAAGCUUUAAGACUGCAGACUACAGAAUUAGCUCCACUGUCUGUGAUUGAGCCAUAUUGGGCUACCUUUUGUAAACCUUGCUUACGCUUUUAGUACAAAGACGAUUAAACUGAUAUUAAAUAAAGCCUUUCUCCUGUAUGGGUAACUAACGUAAUCUUUUAAACCACAUUAAAAUUACUGCCGUUUUUGUUUUAGGAGGAGUUGGAAAACGGGGAGGAUGUAGCUCGGUGCCCGAGUUGUUCAUUAAUUGUGCGAGUCAUCUAUGAUAUGGUUAGUUGUUUGUUUAUACUUGUUAUGGUUUGAACUUAUACCAGGAAACAUUUUGUCCCGGGUAUUUUGUAAGUUUGGGUGCAAUACACGUGUACAUGUUAGUUAACUUUACAUGAACUGAUACUUUGCAAGAAGCUAGGUUGCUCAUGAUAGAGACCCUGUGAACAAUAUAACGCAAGUUUCUUGUUUAAAAGUUUUAGGGGUUACCUUACAAAGUAAUCACAGAUUUAAUGAGCAUAUUAAGGUUAAACUGCAGGAGUCCAAUAGGGGUCUUUAUGUGAUAAGAUGUUUACGUAAAGAGGGAUACCAACAACCAGAUGUAGAGUACGUUUUUAGAUCAAUAAGGUCCAGAGUUUUCUUCAGCGCUGCCAUAUACGCAAAUAUAUUUUGUACCAAAUUGACAUAAACGAUGUGUUAGGAGAGGUAGAUCGCUCACUUUUCAAGAAGAUUUCCAGUAUGCCUGGCCAUCCUUUGUACCCUUCGGUCCCCAAAAUGAAAGAGAGUUCAGUAUGCCUCGGAAUUCCCGGCAGUCAACUCCCCAGGGUUAAUACCCAGCAUUUUAAAAGUAGUUUUUUUAAUAGCUUAUAGGCUAUUUUUCAAAUAUAGGGUAGCUCUUUAAUGUAAUAUGGAGCUUGAAUGUUAUUCAAUGCUUCUAUGUGGAAUUUUUUAAGCCUUGUAGUUCUUUCUGCUGUUUUUAAUGUGAGUGUUCUUGGUUUUUAGCAUGUCUUUUUGCUUAAAAAACAAUAAAGACCUUUAUUAUUAUUAUUAUUAUUAUUAUUAUUAUUAUAUGCACGCACAAUUUAUGGAAAGACAAAAGGCAACUAUUGGUCAAUGUACGUGAACACGAGUCAGCUGCGUGUUGGGUAAUAUGUCAACCAACAGAUUGUCUGCACGUCACUCGCAUAUCGAAGUAUAAGCUGACUGAUAGUGUUUGUCGGUAUUUGACUAAUAAUCAGUCGACAUAUCGCUCAAUACGCCAUCAACAUUCGGCCGAUACUAUAUAUUGAUAUGUAGCAUAUUCUUCUUCUGGAGUUAUAUUUGCUGUCUACUCAAUUUUUUAUCAUUUCUGUUGCCAAGGCAGCAGUUUUGAAGGCACUUUGACCUGUGGCAAAUGUCUGCCUAUCCUGCCUAGCAAUAUUCUUAAUGAACUUGUGUCCAUGCAAGUAAUAUGUUCAAACACUCCGCUUGCCCCAGGGGUGGCAUUCUAUGCAAAUGAAAAUAUCAAUACAUGGUAGCAGUAUUGACCAAGUGUUGACCAGCAUACUGACCAACAAAAACCCAUGUAUUGGCCAAUAUGUUGUAUGUGUAUUAACCAACACAUUAGCUGAUACACGGCUGACACAUGGGUUGAUAUGUGGGCUCUGCCUAUUGGACAAGUGUAAGUCAAUAUGUCAGUGCAGAAGCUGCAAAGUGUUCAUUAGAGUUGAAGGUGAUGACUUUUGUCCUGGUUUUUGAAAACUUCAUUGCUAGUGUCAUCAGCAAUCCUGUUCAAGAGUACUGGUAUUCGCAUGGGGAUUAUUAUAUUUUUUCUCACUUACUGCACAUGUAUUAUAUGAUUAGAUGUUUGCAACCAAUGGAGACAAUUUUAAGCUAUUAUUCCAUUGAAAUUCCUUGACCAGGAGACUUAUAGGAGUUGAUUAACCAUGGUUAAUCUAGUUCUAGUUAAUAAUAAUCACAUUGCAGACACCUAUUGCAGCAAUUUAAAGUCUCUUUCAACUUAUUUUAAAUAACUGCUUAAUAUAUUUUUCAUCUAGGACGAUUUCAUGGUUGCAGAAGAAGUUGUAGCACCACCACCAGUGAUGGAAAAGGCUUAAACAAACAU